AUGGCUUGGCAACGCAGCAACAGCAGCAAGAGCGGCAGCCGGAACAAGAGCAACAGCAGCAACAGCAGCAAAGAAAAGAGAACGAAGAAGUUUUUUCGAGAGAGUUCCAGCACACCUACGAAGAUAGCAUUACCUAUAUCCACUUCCUCCUCGUCGUCUUUUUCGUCGAGAACAAAUACCCAGCAUGCUGAAAAAGUUGAAAAAAAAGAACAAAAAGAAGGAGACGUCGACAUACAACGCACCGAAAGACUAAUAGUGAAGAUAGUAGUACGAGUGCUGCAGCAGCAGCAGCAGCAAACAGUAGCAGCAGGUCGAGUGGUUAUGCAGCAGGGGUAUCGGGAGAGACACGACCAGCAACUAGAAGGAAAAAGAGAGACUGUUGUGAAUGACGAUGAAAAAAAACAACUCCUCCAGCUCAUGACCAUACCAGGAAGCCACGGUGUAGUCGCGCGUGCUGCUGCUACUUCCGUGCAUCCGGCGUUGGGAUGGUUAGAAUAUGCAGACGGCGAGAGAGAGAGAAGUGAUCGCGAGUCGCCGGAGAAAACUAGGAAAGAUAAUGAAUGUGAAAGAAAGAAGAAAACUACCAACAACACUACUCCUAGUAUUAGUAGCGAUGAUAAUAAUGAUAGUAGUGGUCAAAGGAAGAAAAGAAACAGUCACACUUCCUUGAGAGCUCUACCAUACGUACUAUACAGAGGUCAUGAGGAAAUUCAAUAUCUUGACCUGAUUGCUGAUAUCAUCAACUCUGGCGCUUUCAUCGAAACACGCACAGGGGUGAGUACUCUCGCCAAAUUCGGGUGUACGAUGUCUUUCUCUCUCGAGGAAACAUUCCCUCUACUCACGACGAAGAGAGUUUUCUGGAGAGGAGUUGUGGAAGAGCUGCUGUGGUUCGUGAGGGGAGACACAGAUUCACGAAAACUUUCCAAAAAAGGAGUUAAAAUCUGGGAUAAAAACGUAACUCGAGAAUUUUUAGACUCCAGAGGUCUCUUCAAAAGAGCCGUUGGAGAUAUUGGUCCGGGCUACGGCUUCCAGUGGCGUCACUUCGGAGCCGAUUACGAUGGCUUCGAACAAGACUAUACGGGAAGAGGUAUCGAUCAAUUGCAGAAAUGCAUCGAUACUCUUCGAACAAAUCCAACCGAUCGACGCAUUUUAUUUACCGCGUGGAAUCCCGCAGCCUUGGAUGAAAUGGUGCCGCCAUGCCAUUUGCUCGCUCAUUUCUGCGUGGAUGGAGAGAAAAACCUUACAUGCAUUCUGUAUCAGAGAUCCUGCGAUGUUGGCCUCGGAGUUCCUUUCAACAUAGCUUCCUAUUCUUUAUUAACGCUCAUGGUUGCACACAUAACUGGGUUGAAAGCAAAAAAAUUCGUUCACUUCAUGGGAAACACCCACGUCUAUACAAAUCACGUAGAAGCACUCCGCCAGCAAAUUCUUCGUCAGCCUCGUCCAUUCCCCAUAGUCACCAUAAAUAAAGAACGCAUACGAGAAAUCGAUGACUUCACAGUCGACGACUUUGAGUUGAGCGGAUAUGUUCCCCACGGGAAACUACCGAUGGAAAUGGCUGUGUGA